CCCGCAAAGUAGAGAUGAUGUUCAACGCGACUAUAUCUUCUCACGCAAUGUACCUGACACGCAUAGAGUUGACAUGACGUCACGUUGAAUUAGAUUUGAAUGCUCAAUCUGUUCAAAAUAUAAGGUCACGAUGAAAGAGAAGGAGAGAUAGUAGACGUGCAGGGACCGAAUUGGAUUCUGAAACCCUAAAGAUAUUCUUUAGGGUUGGUUCUGACUAGGACGCCUACGCAAGCACAACAAACGAUAUUUUCUCAUUCUCAUUAGAACACAAGAGCAAGUGCUACAGAACGCAACUGCUUGAUUUUCUUUAGUUUUCGAUGGUGUUUGACCGAUUCUCAAUUGUUCUUGCGUUUGCGUCGUAGGUGAGUAUAUUGGCGGUCGUGGAGGGCUAGGAGAGCUGCCAGUGUAGUGACGUCAUGUUUUGAGCAGGUGAACCACAGGGAAACCGAGAGAUCAGAAGUAAAUAAAACAAAGGGGACCAAAAGAAAUGAUAAAAAAACUAGCGAGGAGAUAGCACAAUUUAAAUCAAAGCUGAUCAUAUGCUAUAAGGGAGAAUGGGGUGAAGUUAAAUCGUGUGACAUUUAAUGCGUUUUUUAAUAUUCUGUGAAUUCUCGUCAAUAAUUUCCAACUGAAAAACAGCUUUUCGGUUUUCGCCGUUCAAAAUAACGAAAUUAUAUAUGGAGCUUUUUGAGUGUUUGGCGCCUUUCAUCAGCGAGGUGGCGUGAUCGGAAACCAGCUCAGUGCUGACCAACGGACGCCAGAAGGCAAUUUAGCUGUUGGAAUCGUCGGCAAGAGUUCGCAGAAUAUUGAAAAACGAAGUAACUAGUUAAUAAAUAAUAGUUAAUGAAUAAUAUUUAUAAAAGCAGACGCCAAUACUUCUUUACUUUGCCGUAUUCUGCUUUUUUUAGUGCUCGCAAAAAUAAUAGAGACAAAGCACUUUGCUUCGCGCUCAGCAUUUCUAUAUUUGUGAAUGUUUUUGGUGCCUAUCUAUGACUUUUUCCAGUUUUAAAUCUUCGGACGAAACAACAUGUCAGGCAUAGAGUCACUGAACGCAAAAACCAGCAAAGACCAGAAAGAAAACAUAUACCACUCCCUAGAAAACCACAGAGACAAAAUAGAUCCCAUGUUAGGAAUUGGACCCAUUUUACAAACUGGGACAUCACGCCACGGUCAGCGGGGAACUGUUACUACGCAACAUGUUACCAGGCAACCACUUGUAGGACGAGCAACUGGUCAGUGGGGCCGCGGGGGACUGGGUGAGGCGCCAAGAGAUGGGCCAAGCACAGGGUGCCAAGGAUACGCAUCUAGAGUGAAUUACGUCGAGGAGAGAGGGAGGCCCAUGAGUGCGACGCCCGCACCGGACCACAACUCGCGUAUAGAAUCAGUAUGGAGUCCCCAACCUGUAAUAUUAGAGCAAGUGGAGGACAAAGGAAACUGGCGUAGGGCACGUACAUUGCAUGGUGUGCUUAGAACGGAGCGGGGAGACAUGGUGCCUCCAUUAUCCGACAGACGGCCAGAGCCGCAUGCGAUAAGGCGGCGGACGGGUUACAAGUUGUAUCCGUCACGCACCGAAGUUGCCCGAUCAGAUAACUCUAUUGUUACAAGAGUCGCACAGCAUUAUAUAAAUGUUCCGAUACCGGGUAAACGGCCAGGUCAGAAUGCGUUUCGACCACAAACUGAUAACAAGCCCUGGCCGAAGUCAUGCACCGAGAAUGCGCCAUAUGAAAACUCUAUUGACGCGAAAACUGUGCAGGAUAACAUUAAAGUCAUGGUUAAAGACCUGGAUCGUGCGGGAGGUGUGCAAACGACUAGCUAUGCGAGUGGCUAUCAAGGUCGGGAACGAAGCAUACCCUCCAUUAAUUCACGAGGGUGUGGGAUUAAAACGGACGGCCAAAAAGUCGAAGUAGGCAGGGGUACUGGACCACCUUGUACUACUGAACAUAGCAUCAAGACUAGAGUAUCAGAUGCGACUAGUAACAACAUACUAGAGGUGAAAGUCGACGUACGAAAACCAAUAUUACUACACGUUAGUCUAUCUGAGGACCAUGAACUUACAGAAAAAGAAUUAAAAUACGAGAGGAAAGCAAGACGAAGGUUGAUGCGUAGCUUAUCGAUACCUCACAGUAAGGUUAGUAGUGCGGAUGAACUUUGCAGUCCGAAGGAUGGGACGGUUCGGAUGGACUCACCACAAGGCAAAAACAAGGUUGAGGAUGCUAGUGAUGACAUACGAGUGUCAGACAGCAAUGGGUUAAAAGUACCCAGAGCGCAGCAGUUGCGCAGUAAAUCUCUCCCUGUGAACGCGGUCCACAGUCUCCAAAGACUGCGAAGAAAACCAUCCAGUGAGAUGUUUCCGCUGCGCUAUUUCGCAUACCUCGGGAGGCGUUUUCAGCCAAGGGGACGCCUGCCCUCUACGCAAGAUAUCCACACAGCGCGUCCCAUAAUUCUCACCAGCACAAGCGUCGUGUCUCCCGAUGCCUCGGACGGUAUUCGUACGCAAAUCAAUCAACUCCAGCCGGGGUUUGAGACAACACAAAAAGCAAACGACUGGACGGAGUGCGUGGAGUGUGCCACGUGCGUUUGUUGCGUUAAGGGGGCUAUCUAUCACUGCACUAAAGAUACAGAGACGGAGGGAGAGAUGGCAGAUCAGCCAUGCGCAUGCGAAGGUCCGUACUGCUUCAUUCGCUGGACAAUCCUCGGAGCACUGUCUCUUUGCUUGCCGUGCUUAUGUUUGUAUUUGCCGCUUCAGGGAUGUAGGAAAUGCAUGCAGCAUGCGCGUGGACGAGGCCGGUACUAUAAGGACAUUGAAUUGGAAUCCUAUUUAGCUUCGCCUGGUCAGUAAUUUAAAGGGGCUGUGUCAAAAACAGCCACGGCAAAGCUCAGCGACCCGCAACAAUCAAUUGUGCGAUAUCAAAUAAAAGCCAAAGAAUAUA